GGUCGAUCUGUCAAAUUUUAAACGUGUCAAGCUUGUGUCCACAGCUUGUGUCUCUCCCUACUCUUGACGAAGAUUAGGUACCUAGAAAACAACAGUUACAAUACAGUUACAUACAAAUCAUUAUGUUCCACAGAAGUUUAGUCAGAACUUUGACCAGUAGAAGCAAGUUUAUUAAACUUAACUAUGGAACUAAUUGUCGCAAUUACAAGAAUAUUAGGCCGUUGUCUACCACCAAGUUGGCUCUGAACGCAGAUAAGGUGAAAGUAACUUUCGUCCUGCACGAUGGGAAGCGCUUGGAGACAGAAGCAAAAGUUGGCGACACACUGCUGGACGUAGUCGUUAACAACGAUCUUAACAUUGAGGGUUACGGGGCGUGUGAAGGCACUCUAACGUGUUCGACCUGCCAUGUUAUAUUAGCACAGAAUGAUUAUGAUAGGCUGCCUGAAGAAGCUUGUGAUGAGGAAAGAGAUAUGCUGGACCUCGCAUACGGACUCACCGACACCUCUCGGCUGGGAUGUCAGAUCACAUUGACUAAAGAUCUUGAUGGACUUGAGGUCAAAGUUCCGGAGACCAUCAAUGAUGUCAGGAGUUGACCUUGAUAAUUUUCAAUACUUACUGUCCUUACCAAAUGGUAGGUAAGCAAAGCCAGUUCAAGAAAUAAGCACAGAAUUAUAUAGUUUAUUUAAUUGCGGUUGAUCACAAUUAUAUUGGUUAUGUGUAUGUAUAUUACUGAAAUUGUUGUUUUUGUAAAUAAUAAACUUUUAAAUGAGACAGUACACAAAAGUAGUAAAGGUGGCUCACCCCCAAUGUUUGACACUACCAUAUUUAUGUCGAAUAAUAUUUUUUCUUUAUUUUCAUGUCCAUAAAAGUUUGUUCUAACACAGCAGUUCUCAAACUUUUGUGAAGAUAGCAUCUUUAUGGAAAGCUAAGCAUUUGACGGAGCUCUAAAUUAGAACUUGUUUGUGGACUACUGUAACAGUUGACUGUUAUUAGACUUUCAAUAAAAUUCUUAUUAUAUA